CCACGUGACUGUAGUUAGACGGCGAGGACGCGGCUGUUUACAAACAAGUCGAAUCUCUGCUGCUGUGAACGUCGCUGAUUCUGCGGCUGGGGAAACAGACAGAGGAUGGAGCUUGAACACAUGCAGCCGUAUUUCUUCGGGGACAUCGGCUGCUGGGUGGAGAGAACAGAGGUGCACAAGGCAGCGUCCCUCGGCCAGGCCUCCCAGCUGAAGCACCUCAUCCAGAGUGGAGCUUCAGUGAACUUAGUGGCUGUGGAUUCCAUCACACCGCUGCAUGAGGCCUGCCUCCGUGGACAGGCCCAGUGUGUGCAGCUGCUGCUGGACGCUGGAGCUCAGGUGGAUGCGAGGAAUGUGGAUGGAAGCACUCCGCUGUGUGAUGCCUGUUCAGCUGGUAGUCUGGAGUGUGUGAAGAUCUUGCUGGAGCACGGUGCCAAAGCCAACCCUGCACUCACCUCCCGCACAGCCUCACCCCUCCACGAGGCUUGCGUGGGAGGUAACUCAGACUGUGUGGAGCUGUUGAUAGCCAUGGGUGCUUGUCUCGAGGCGUACGAUCUUUACUACGGGACCCCGCUGCACGUGGCUUGUGUUAAUGAACACACAAACUGUGUUAAAGUGCUGCUCAAUGCAGGUGCAAAAGUGAACGCUGCCAGGCUACAUGAGACUCCACUGCACCACGCCGCUAAAAACAUGCGAGUUGAUAUGAUUGAGAUGCUGGUGGAGUUUGGGGCCAACAUCCACGCCAGAGAUCACCACGACAAGAAACCUGUGGACUACACCACACCAGGCUCCCCCUCUGCAGCCUGCCUGAAAUUUUAUGAGACCACUCCCAUGAGUCUGCAGCAGCUCAGCAGGUUGGCUGUGAGGAACAAGCUGGGCACCAGGGCUCUGAAGGUCAUUGGUCAACUGGACGUACCAAAACUCAUCAUCGGCUACCUCUGCUAUCAGUGAGUGUCACCUGGAGGAGGAGCUGGAUCAGUGCUCAAAGGACUGGAGACUCCCAGCUGCUGCACAUUCUCAGACAAUGCAGUAAAGGUAUUACUGGAUUAGAUGUGAUAAAUUUUGACACACGGUUUAGUGCCAAGCACCAUGUCCUCACAUGCUUUUUGUCAAGACUACACUUUCUUCUCAAGACAUAAAAGUCAGGAGUCACAGAGAGGAAGCUGGGAUUAGAGCAGUGUUUUUAUCUCCUCUGUUGGAGUCACUGUUUAUAUGCUGUGUUUGCCCAAAUGAAAUUAUGUGCACACAAACAAUUUGACUUUAAUUAGGUUUAAGAGUUACUAUCAUGCAAAAUCUGUAGUAGUUAUUAAAGUAAAUAUUUUUGGAAGUACCACAAAUGGAAUACCUGUAAAUUUGUGAAAUUCUGUCAGGGGUGCUAUAAGAUUUCUGUUUCCUUACUAAGUAUUUUUAGUAACAAUUGAGCACUUUUUUUAAAACGAAGUGAAGCAACAUUUAGAUUAAAGCUGCUCUGUGGAGAUACGUGUAAACAAGCUAACGUUACAUCUGCAUUUACUCACUUUGUGCACAAGCAGUGUUGAUUGCAUUUCCCUUCUCAAAAACAUUUGCAAAGUCAAUCUUAAGUGGUUUAGAAGUGUUUCUGCACUACAACAGCAGCUUCUUUUAGAAAAGAUUUUACUCAGCACAUCUCUCUUUGGUUUCCUUUGCUAUAAACUCUCAGUCUAUAAACAUGGGUACCCUGUUUGACAGUUACUUUUUUGGUUAGUUUAGUUGUUGGCUAUGAAGCCACCAACAUGGAAUCUUAACUGUAAAUAGCAGCUAUAAAAGUAAAAUAGCAUUUAAUAACCGUUGCCAUUUAGAUGAGUAUAAACAGAAUGUGCUUCUAUUAUUAGGGAUAACUGUGAAUAGAUAUUCAUUUUGACUAGAGAACACAUUACAGAGCUCAGGGAACGGAUUACAAGAAGUGGUGCAGUUUUUGGCAGCAGAGCCAACUUUGGUAGUCAUAUUUUUGUCAGCUAAAGGUUGCUGGAUCAAAUCCUGGGUUUGCUGGGAAAAUACAAGCAAGUCAUUAAGCUCCGAGGCGCACCGUGAACGCUGAGUAGCAGUUAAAAUAUGAAACGGGACAUGGUGUGUGCGCUCAGUCUACAUUCCCUGAAUAACUAAAGAAAAAAGAUCUAGAGAAAAUACCAAGCGGUGUUGUUGUCACAGCAGUACUCAGACUGAAGCUCCCCAGAUGCUGCUUCGCUUCAUCUCGGAUUUUUGUGACUCACAUCCGGCGACAGCCUCCGUUUGAUACAGAUGCUGUAGUUUGAAGGAGACGGUGAGCCUGGCUGCCUAUUUAUAGUUUUGUGCCUGUUGCUCCAUUAAAUCAGCUUGUAGAGACGACCCAGAGAUCUCGGUGAGGUCUUGAUAUUUUUAGAAGGCGCCACAGGAAGUUGUUUAUGAACUCCACAAAGUACUCUGGAUUGCUUUAAGUCCUCCCUACUAAGUUGGCAUGACCUGUUUUUAAGGUUUCAUAACUUCUGUUUAUCCUUGGAGGUUGAAUCAGGCCACGCACACACUUUAUGAUCAGACAUUGGAACUAUGGAAGACACAGGACAGAACAUUGUAGCAUAUUUUAGUUCAGGUGUGAUCUGUUUCUCCCCACACCAAACACACACAUCCCAGUCAUUAUAAUGCGGCUGUUAGAAACAACAACAGACACUGUAGAUUUUAAAGGUCCCAUACAGUGAAAAUUCAUUUUCUUUUCAUUUUGCAUGUCUUCAAAACUUAUAGCUGUGAAGAUGUGAAGACGUUUACUUCUGCCAUGUGGUUGGCUGCAAGAGUAAAACACAAGUGUCUGAGAAACCAAAACCCAGUGGAUUCAUUCUAUUUUUGAUGGUCAUGUCCCCACAGCAGUAGAAAGAUCCUUAGUGUUAGCAUGUUGUGUGUUAUUGUGGCUAACGUUACUGCAGGUCAGAGCUCUGUGGAAACUGUAAAGCUGACCAACAUUCAGCAAUGAUGGACACUUGAAAACUAAUUGUAGACCACUAGUCAGUGAGUGGGUGGGCUACUGUAUUCAUUUUAAACUCAGCCGGUGUUUUCAUCUCUUUGCUUCGCUCCUGCUUCUGUGGUCACAUAUGCAGUACUUCAGUAUUCAGUAAUAUACUUCACUACUAUACUGUACUUUAAUAUAGCCAGAUUUUUAACAAACCUGUUCUCAUUUCCAUAUUUUUCUGUUUAUGUUGUCAGACAACAGAACAAGUAUGAAAUAGUGACAGAAAGCCCAUAAAUGCUACGCUUUAACCCUCAGUCCUUUUGCACUGCUAAAAUACUGAUUUAAUAACCACAAGCUCACCAUACAUUUUAAAAGAAAGGCUGUGCCAGAAAUUGUAAUUAUCAGGUCAAAUGAUUGCUCCGAGAGAAAGUUACAGGGAAGGUUAAGGUCUCACUCACUCAUGUCUACCUGUGAAUGAGUGUGAGAGACCUUCCAAUACAUGCUCCAUGUUGUCAAUCACAGACACAGAGAGUCUUCUUCCUGAAGUGGACAGGGAUAUCAGUACCUCAGUUGCACAACAGGGUGAAAACCAGAAAUUGUACUGUCAUUUUACCAACACUGUUGGGACAAAAACACAAUAUGGGACCUUUAAUUUCCAGAGCACACGGCUGUGUAUGUAAUGUAUGAGUGCUGUGUGCUUCCUUAUCUGAGACUGGUGACAAUAUUGCUGAGAAACCCGUUAAACUACAGCAGUUUAAGGCCUUGUCCACAUCAGGAUGGACAUUUUACAAAACAAACAUUACAUUACAUUUACAUUAAGGCCUCUCAUCCACACAGUCAUGGCAUUUUUGGUCACUUAGAUUGUUUCAAGUACUUUCUAAAGUCAAGAUUGUUAAAAAAAAACUCUGUUUAUUUGUAUCUGUGUGAUAAAACAGCUCCCAACUGAUCUCAAAUCAGGGUGUUUUUCUUGCCACUGUCGCCUUAGGGCUUGCUCUGGGGGUUCAUGCAUGUGGGUUCUGUAAAGUGUCUUGAGACAAUUUGAGCUGUAACUGGCGCUUUAUAAAUACAAUUGAAUUGAAUUGAAAAUCGCUAAACCUUGCAGCUGAAACAACAACAAAUUCAGAUAUAUACAAGUUUCCUUACACUACCAUACAAAAGUUUGGGGUUACUUUGAAAUGAAUGAUAAAUCCAGUGUAGACAUUGUUAAUGUGGUAAAUGACUAUUCUAGCUGGAAACGGUUGAUUUUUAAUGGAAUAUCUCCAUAGAGGUACAGAGGAACAUUUCCAGUAACCAUCACUCCUGUGUUCUAAUGCUACAUUGUGUUAACUAAUGGUGCUGAAAGGCUCAUUGAUGCUUAGAAAACCCUUGUGCAGUUAUGUUAUCACAUGAAUAAAAGUGUGAGUUUUCAUGGAAAACAUGAGAUUGUCUGGGUGACCCCAAACUUUUGAAUGGUUGUGUAUGUUUGGUUAGCACUAGCAAGUACACAUUUGCAACUUAAUUUGACUUUGUGCACCACUUCACCAACAUGCUGAAAGCUUUCUAGCUUUAAGUGUGCAGAAACGACAAAAUGACAGAAUGUUCUUCAGUGGUAUUUGUAUAAUUGAUACGUAGAAAAAUAUCUGUACUUGCUGUGAAUGAAGCUUUAAGGAGCACUUUAAUUCCAUGUCAUAUUUGACAGCAUAUCAUCAGUUUCUUUGCUUUACAUUUAUGUGAUUUUUAAAAAAACAUUUUUUUUAGUUCUACUCCCAUUUAUUUUGGUAUGUAAAUCCAUUUGCAGCAUCUGGAAACUUCUCUGAGCUGCCACUCAUUUUGAUAUUUAAGGGUUCAAAAAAUUGAAUAACUAUGUUACAGAUCUUGUAACAUCUUGUCAAGUAAACCCAUAACGUCAGCACAGACUUGAUAAUGAUUAUUUGUGUUUGAUUAUUAUAGAAUUUUACAAAAAUACUCAGUGAGUGGAUUUUUCCUUUUAAAGUCUUAAUCAACUGGUUUGUUUUUUACGAGCUAAUAACAGAGUGCGCUGUGUCUGCAAACAGCUGAGCCCUCAAUCUUUUCUCAUUUUGCCCUUUUUCAGGUUUUGACAUAAAACCUCAAAACACCAUCCACGUGCAGUUUAAUGAAAUCACUCUUGAGGAUUUUUGGUAUUUAAGUCCACUAUUUUCAGACUUGUUGCUUGUCUGUGGAGCUGCCAGCGGGCACCGUUGCCUUGUGCAGCUUUAAAGAGCACGAGGCCAUCCGUCAGCCCUGCACCCGUGUGUUUACUGUUGGUCUGACAGAUCCUUUCCAAGCAUUCAAAACCAAUAAUUCAUAGUUUAAGACCCUCUUCCAAAUCUCAGUUCGCUCCUCUCAUUUGGCUCUCGCCCUAAACGUGCCCGGCCUGCACGAUGCUGGCCUGAAAGUGAAGCUUGUCCGCUGAGCUUCAUAAACCUGCCAAGCUGUGGAAGUUUGUUUAAUCAAAAUCUAAAUUUCUACCAGCCUACUUUCCAUCAUUACAAGAUAUUUGGACCAUUAUUCAUGCCAAAAAAUGCAGUCUGAGUCAUUAUAAUCUCAGCUUGUAAAUAAUCUUGAAGCACAGAUCUCAUGGAGCAUUCCCUUUAAGACCAGUGGAAGUAUCUGACCCUGAUGCAGAUGGGUCUUCUGUUGAUGGCUUAAAAUAACCACUUCGAAACAUGCUUGGUUUCAAAGCACUUUAAGUCUGUCGAAAGGAUUGGAAAAAGCAGAGGAGAGGAGGGCAGGCAUGAAGGGAAUGUCCAGUUAUCUAAGAUGAGAAAUGGCCCUUGCUCCAUAAUAGGAGUGUUGAACUUCAGGUUAAACAGCAGAGUGGUUGGCUUGAUUUCAAUCUUUCCUCCUGGUCCAUCAGAUUAAACAGCUCCGGCGGUUCUCUCAGUUUAACUGUUGUCUUAUUGAAAUGCUGGGUUAGAGUACACUGGUACAUGUACGAGGUGCUACAGAAAUACUACGGAAUCACCCCACAAAAAUGUGUCAUAAAUAUUUAUCUUAUUGAACUGUACAGAUGUGUUGCUCUGAAUAUGAUGAAUAUGUUGAUUUAUUGCGUAAACUGUUCUGCUGAUGUAUCAUCCUGUGUUUCUAUGCGAAUCUGCAUUUCAGCACAUGUUUUCUGUAAGUCCUGACACCUCAGUAUGUGACUGUUGGUCUGCAUGUCGUCAUGGUGGCGUCUGUCUGGCUGCUGCCGGCUGAUUCUAGUCAACACAAACCAAGAACAGUGCGUGACAGAUGAACACUGGGUAACACUGUGGUAUAUAGAAGAGACAGACUAAAGAAAGAGUGUUAGAGCUUUUCUUGGAGCUCCAUUCCCUUAAAACCUUAACUCCAAUUUUCUACAAUUUUAUUGGAUCAUUUCAGGUCUUGUGCAAAGACAGCUGAAUCUAAUGAGUUUAGACUAAACUAUAUAAAGUUGCGGAUAAAAUGGCACAUGUAAUUGUGCAGCAACUUUAAAAAUGCACAUAUCUGAACAAUAUUUAUUUUAAUCUAGUUUAAUAUGUUGAAAUAAAAUGGUACAUGGGUCAGUUGAAUAACUUUGUCUGCUAUAGUGUGGAGUUAUACUAAUGACACAAUACACAGUGUCCACUUUAAAGAGCUUCUUCAAACCUUUUGUAAGGUGUCAAAAAAUAACGUUAGAGAGAUAAAAUUCACAUUAAAAGUUGCAUCAAGUGUUUUUUGUUGUUUUUGUUUGUUUAUCCAGUGAUAAAAUAUUAUUACCUUUGAGGCUGAUACUGAAGUUGACUGUGCUGAGCAACAUUAGUAUUCAUUUAUAAAUACAACACUAAUAACAGCGGUAACACUGAAAAAAAUGACAAAUUUACAGGCUGUAUAACAAAACACUGACUGGAAAUGACACUCAAAUACUCUGGAGCUGAGGGAAAUUUCAAAUCCAUCCAUCAUCUAUACACCGCUUAAUCCUCUUUAGGAUCACGGGGAGCUGGAGUCUAUCCCAGCUGACAAAGGGUGAAGACGGGACACCUGAACAGGUCACCAGUCUAUCACAGGGCUUUCAUCAAAAAUCCCUACAUGAAUGCUAAUGUUGCUCAGCAUGGUCAACUUCAAUAUCAGCUGUAAAGGUAAUCAUAUUUUAUCGUUGGAUAAACUUACUUUAUGUCCCUAACUUAAUUUUUUUACACCCUUACACAAGGUUUCAAGAAGCUAUUUAAGAUGGACACAAUAUGUGUUGUGUCAUUAGUGUAACUACCAGGGUGCCAUCAUUUUUGUCAAGGCCAGUUUCAUUAGUUUGUUUUUUAAAAUGAUUCUGUUGAACCACAAUUCAAAAACAAUGUCUGAUUUUAAUUAACUUUGAGGGGUUUUUUUAAGUUUAGUAUCACUUUUCUCAGUUUCAACUUAUUUCAGUAAGGUUUCUCUUUUUCUAACAAAAGGGUACCAACAAUUUUGUUCACCAGCAGUCAAAAGUUUGGACACACCUUCUCAUUCAAUGUUUUUUCUUUAUUUUUUACUACUUUCUACAUUCUACAAGCUGAAGAAAUCAAAACUAUGAAUGAACACAUAUGGAAUUAUGUAGCAAACAAACAAUUGUGAAAUAAGUCAAAACAUUUUUUUAUUUAUUUUAGAUUCUUCAAAAUAGCCACCCUUUGCUUUGAUCACUUCUUUUCACACUCUUAGCAUUCUCUGGACGAGCUACAUGAGGUAGUCACCUGAAAUGGUUUUCCCUUUACAGAUGUGCCUUGUAGGUUCAUUUGUGGAAUUUCUUGCCUUCUUAAUGGGGUUGGGACCAUCAGUUGACUUGUAUAGAAGUCAGGUUGGUACACAGUUGACAGCCCUAUUUGACAACUGUUAGAAUCUAUGUUACGGCAAGAGCCAAUCAGCUAAGAAAAGAGAAAUGACAGUCCAUCAUUACUUUAAGAACUGGAAGUCAGUAAGUCCGGAAAAAUGCAAAAACAUUGAAUGUAUCCCCAAGUGCAGCUGUAAAAACCAUCCAGUGCUACGACGAAACUGGCUCACAUGAGGAAAGGAAGACCAAGAGUCACCUCUGCUGCUGAGGAUAAGUUCAUCCGAGUCUCCAGCCUCAGAAAUAGCAAGUUAACAGCAGCUCAAUCAGGCCUUUAUGGUCAAAUAGCUGCUAAGAAACCACUACUAAGGAAAAGCACCAAGCUGAAGAGAUUUGUUUGGGCCAAGAAACACAAGGAAUGGAUAUUAGACCAGUGGAAAUCUGUGCUUUGGUCUGAUGAGUCCAAAUUUGAGAUCUUUGGUUCCACCUGCUGUGUCUUUGUGUGACGUAGAAAAGAUGAACGGAUGGUCUCUACAUGUAUGGUUCCCACUGUGAAGCAUGGAGGAGGAGGUGUGAUGGUGUGGGGGUGCUUUGCUGGUGACACUGUUGGGGAUUUAUUCCAAACUGAAGGAACACUGAACCAGCAUGGCUACCACAGCAUCCUGCAGUGACAUGACAUCCCAUCUGGUUUGUGUUUAGUUGGACCAUCAUUUAUUUUUCUACAGGACAAUGAACCCAAACACACCUCCAGGCUGUGUAAGGGCUAUUUGACCAAGAAGGAGAGUGAUGGAGUGCUGCAUCAGAUGACCUGGCCUCCACAAUCACCUGACCUAAACCCAGUCCAGAUGGUUUAGGAUGAGAUGGAAACAGAAUGCAGGCAAAAGAGCCAACAAGUGCUCAGCAUCUCUGGGAACUCCUUCAAGACUGUUGGAAAACCAUUUCAGUUGUCUACCUCAUGAAGCUCAUCCAGAGAAUACCAAGAGUGUGCAAAGCAGUAAUCAAAGCAAAGGGUGGCUAUUUAGAAGAAUCUAAAAUAUAAAACAUGUCUUGACUUAUUUCACACUUUUUUGUUUACUACAUAAUUCCUUAUGUGUUCAUUCAUAGUUUUGUUGCCUUCAUUGAGAAUCUACAAUGUAAAUAGUCAUGAAAAUAAAGAAAAAAACAUUUAAUGAGAAGAUGUGUCUAAGCUAUUGACUGGUAGUGUAUACAUAUGUAUUAAUUAUAUAUUAACAUUGUUAAUAAAAAUAUAAAAAAUGUUGUAGCUUUAAUGUUUUGUAAAGUAAGCGGACAAUCUGGUCCUACACUGUCUUUUUACGCACCUUUUUUCAUUCCACUAAUUAGUGUUAGGGUAUUUAUUGACAGUUUGUAUCGGUUUUAAGGUCCUGGUAGACAAAGUAGCACACUACACAACUAAUAUUAAUAAUGGACUCACAUUUAAUGUGAAAUAUUUUACUGGCAUGCCCACGACUCUAUCCUGACCUUGACACAGCUUAAAGGCUGUUCCAAAGGCCGUGAAAAUCAUUCAAACUUUUUAUUAGCAGUCACAUCAUAUAUGGACACAAAAUAUUCUGCAAGUUUGCAGAAUUCAGAUUUUUUUUUUUCCACAUGAGAAAAUUCUUUAUAUGUAGUUUUGUUUCUGCUGAUUUGAAGAAUUUGGGUUAAUCAUCAUUCAGCAACAUUUGACUUAAAAUCUGAUGACAGUUGUGUGAUUGUUUAUGGAUCAAUAUGAAGGAUAAUGUUGCCUUUAAUUUUUAUUGUGUGCAUUUUAUCGUGAAUGAAGUAUUUAAGAAUAGUUAAGGUUGGAAACUAAGAUUUAUAACCGAUUUAUAAACAGGAUCAAAAAAUUUUAAUGUUAAGUUUAAUCAUUUUGAAAUAUUGUAAUGUGAACAUCAAGAUAUUGUCAGAAAUAUUUCAGAGUGACUAAAUAAAUGGUUGUAAUAUG